AUGCAGGUUCCAUCACGGUCUCUUGAACAUCUUCCUACUGAGAUUCUAGAAACGAUUGCUAUGCAUGUCAUGCAAACCAGUUCACUCAAAUCCCUCUCAUGUGUUAACAGGACACUCCGCUUCAUCUGUCUACCACAUAUGUUUGAGAAAUUAACGGUUCGGUUUUCAUUGGAUGGCGUGGAGAGAUUGCAGCAGGCCUCCAUGUCAUACAUCGCUUACUAUGUGAAAACUAUCUGCUAUGAGGCCUCAGAAAUUAUCGAUCCUUUGAUUCAGUGUCCUCACUACUUCAGCACAUGUCUAUAUACCCCUCUUGAAUAUACUAGAGACGAAAGGGAAUUCCGUUGGGGGUAUCAGGGCAAGCAAAUCACGUAUAACAGGAUAUAUUCCUACUUCAAGCAUCUCUCAGAGGAGCAACAAAUGAUCAUUCAGGCAGACUUCAACCUCAUGUCAUUUUCUUCUUGCCUGCCUCGCUUCCUGCGACUAAGGUCCUUUGAAAUUUCUUUGAUGAAUAAUAUCGAGAAGCCAUUCCGUUGGUUUGCAGGACGCAUGCUUGUGGACUGGAAGGAUACUUUUCCAGACCAUUUCGGAGCAGUUCUCCAAGGGCUUUGUGCAGCUAAGGAAAGUGGUAUCAGAAUCAAGACUUUCCAAGUUACUGGGUUCUACUCUAGAUUGCCCUUGCUCGAUUCGAAAAUUCCAAGACUUGCAGCAAUUGCUUUACAUACAGUCGAAGAACUUUAUCUGGCUGACAGCCCUGGCCUGCUUGAUUUUAUAGCUGCCACCACUCUACCCUCAGUCCGAGUGCUCGAACUGGAAAACUGCUGGCUAUGGGUACCAGAAUUACAAAAGUUUCUUCUUACUCAUGGGAGUACCCUUCAAGUUCUGCACUUAGAAAAUGUCUGGCUACCUUCGGAAAAGAUUUAUGACUGGGGGGUCUCUUUAAGCUUAGGGACGACCAGUACUGUCAUCGACGGCAUAUCCGAUAUCCGGAUAGGAGACGCCAUGCGGGAGCUUACCAUUAACCGAAAAGGAAAGAAGUACGAAUACCAGAAGAUAUUUAAUCAUAACUAA